CCUCCUCCUCCAGCUGCAUCCUGCUCGAAUUCCAUUCCAUUCUCACGCGGAGCAGAUUGCUUCCGAGCUCCUUCUGAGGUCUUCCUCUCCUCUGGAAUCUCUCUUGUUCAAUUGAUUCGGCCGUUCGGAAGCUACCGGAGAAGAAGCAAAAUGUGUCCGCUCAGGGUGAUACUCAUCUUCCUCUCCGCCACCGUCGCCGGGUUCUUCCUCCUCCGGGGCCUCAACGCCGAGCCCGACUUCUUCCAAGACGCCGAUGAGGGCUCGGAAUCUCCCAGGGCCGCCGUUCCCCUCCAUUCCAAGGUUGGUUCGGCUGUGAAAGCCGGCUUCUGGACGACCGUGGACAUGGCGAGCGGGCGGUACCUCUGGCGGACACUCGUCGCGCCCGCGAAAUCUGAGUCCGACCAGGCUCGGUGACGACAAAACUUCCUGUUAUGUGUUUGACAUUUGAGUCGGGGAACUCAACUGGAAUGAUGUAUGAUACGGCGGCGAUUGUAAAUACGAUAUGUUCAACUAAAUGUGCAGAUUCUCAUGCUUGA